AUGGCUCUUGAAGCAAGACAUAUGAAUCUAUUCUCUUCUCAGUUUGUUACCAACAGAGAAUGUGUUAAAUCGAACAUGAACAACGAAACCGCCGGCGGUUUUCCGGUAACACUACAGUCUCGCGCCAUAGAUCCGAUUCAAAUCGCAGCAAGUUUCAACAAAUCAGAAAGCGACCUCACAUACAAUUUCAAUCAAUCUCCAGCGAUAUCUAAACGUCAGAGAGAUUCAACGUUUGACUCCGACGCUCUAAUGGCGGCUCAGAAACGGAGGUCCGUCGCGUUUGACCCGUCGGCGUCUCUAAUCGACGCGGAACUCGUUUCUCAGAUCCAACAGCAACAAUCAGAAAUCGACCGGUUCGUUGCUCACCAAACGGAAAUGCUCAGAUUAGAGUUAGAAGCGAGGCAGCGAACGCAAACGCGGAUGUUAGCGUCUGCGGUUCAAUCGGCGAUUAUCAAAAAGCUGAAAGCGAAAGACGACGAGAUUGUACGAAUGGGGAAGCUAAAUUGGGUUUUACAAGAACGUGUGAAGAAUCUCUACGUCGAGAAUCAGAUCUGGCGUGAUCUCGCUCAAACAAAUGAAGCUACGGCUAAUACUCUCCGAUCAAAUCUAGAACAAGUUCUUGCUCAAGUCGACGAUUUUCCGGCCACCGGAGAUGGUUUUCGUCCUCCGGUAGAAGAUGAUGCGGAAUCUUGCUGCGGUAGCUCCGACGGAGCCAACGGCGAUGAUGUUACGGCGGUUACCGGAGGAUGUAGACGGUGCGGUGAAAGAACGGCGAGUGUGUUGGUGUUGCCUUGCCGUCAUUUGUGUCUGUGUACGGUUUGUGGAUCGGCUCUGUUACAGGCGUGCCCUGUAUGCGAUACGGUCAUGAAUGCUAGUGUGCAUGUUAACAUGUCAUGA